AUGGAAGAAGCGGCACCUCAACUCCUCAAUGUGGCAGAAGCAAGCGCAAGACUCACGGCAACAUGCUCAUCCAUUCGCAAGUUGGCAACUGGAGUAGUCGGAUACACACCGAGCAGAAGCAAGCUACCCUACGCUACGGAUGAGGUAGACAAACUCUCAGAAUUGCAGGGGAAGCUGCGUAUGGAUCUUAAUAGCACACCAAACAUGAAUAGAAGAAAUGAGCUGCGAGUGCAGCGUAACAGAGUGCAGAAGGAAAUCCGAAUCCUGUCUCGACAGCUGGCGUUACAGCAUCUUGAGAGCCGCAUCAGAGAAGUGGAGUUUCUCAAGAACGGGCCAAUGAUGUUUGCAGCGAUAAAACUGCUGAAACCAAAGUGCCCACGAGAUUUAACCAUUGUAGACAGCAACGGCAAGGCUGUCCUUGGGCCAGGAGAGCAAGCGGAUAGAAUAGCUGAACAUUACACUGGGAAAUUCUCUCCUACUGCUGCAGAGCCAGCGGUUACGCCAUUUACAGGAACACCGAAACCCCUCGAUAAACCGAUUUCCACAGCAGAGGUAGCGAGCGCAAUGAGUCGUCUAAAGAACCAACGCUCCUGCGGGCCUGAUGACAUACCGGCCGAGCUGGUCAAGUACGGAGGCCCUGCACUUGCAGAAUGCCUUAAGCAGCAUUUUCAACGAUGUAUUCACUCAGCACAGCCAAGCGUCCCUUUGAGAUGGUGUACUAAUCGCUCUGCAUAA